AUGUAAUUAAAAUAAAUUAUAGAGGAACUUAAAAUGUAGAAUAUAACAAAUUUAAGUUACUUUGCAUCACAUUUAUAUUAUAUACAUUUUUAUUUGUUUGGAUGAAUUGGAUCCAAUCGUACUUGAUAAGAAUUGUUAUCAAAUAAUAUGACGUCAACUAAUCGCGUGUAUUGAUUUUACUAAUUUCAUUGAAAAUUGGAUUUUAUUAUUUCUAUACAAUGUUGAUUAAAUCACCAAUUUUAAACGGUUAGGUCUAAAUUAUACUGUCUAUCAUAGAAAUGUUAUAGAGACUAUAGUAGUACAGUUAGAUUAGAGUGAAUUGUUUUUGUCAAAUCAAAUACGAUAACAUUAUUUAGUAAAUGCCAAUUUGAAUACCAUUUUUAAGAUGUCAAAAAUAGCCGAAAAGAAAAUACAUCAUCAAAAUUCAAUUUGGAAAACAAUAAAAAAAGCUACCACUAAAAAUUCAGAAUGGCCUGAUAAAGUAAGAAAAAAAAUAUCUGAAACUAAGUAUUUUAUUUAUUUAUUUUUAUCUGCAGGUAUGUAUAGGUAAUAUGUAAAUAUGUAUAAUUAACUUGUUUCUUUUAGGAUGAGUUUCUUGAUGUAAUUUAUUGGGCAAGACAAAUUAUAGGUCUUAUUGCUGGGUUAUUGUGGGGUCUCAUACCAUUAAAAGGAUUAUUUGGAUUGGGACUGUAAGAAUUAUAACCUUCAAUGAAUUACAUAUUUUAAAAUGUUACUUCUUUAAAAACAUUUGAUUUACUAAUUAGGUUUUUAGUGCUCAACGCAGUAGUUUUAUAUGCGUAUUUUACCAAUUUUCAACAAAUUGAUGAAGAAGAAUUUGGCGGAACUUGGGAAUUAACAAAAGAAGGAUUUGUAACUUCGUUAGCUGGAUUUUUGGUAUGUAUAUUUUAUCUAAAUCAUAUUUUUAAAGUCAUAGCUAGAGUUUGGCGAGAUUGGCUCAGAUCAAGUGCUUAUCCUGAAUUUAUUCAUAAUAGAAAUGAAUGGAAAUAAUAAGAGGUAGGUUAUACAAUCCAAAAGUUAAUAUGUGGCUAGAGGUGCUGAACUACAAGCACUUAGCCAGGGAAGUUAAUGAGGCUUGGACCCCCACAGGAAAAAUUAGAUUAUUGGUAGUUGGAGAUAAAUAUUAUGUUUGAACCCUCCCCUGCAAUUAAAUCCUGGCUACAUACCUGUUAAAAUAUAAAAGAGAAAACAAAUGGGUACUACUUGUAUAAUAAUAUCUGUUCAUGUUUUUAAAAAUUAAUCCCAGUUAUAUCUUAAUCAGGCGAUUUGUUUUUUGGCGAAUCUAUUAUAAUUUGCAAUUUUAAAAUACGUUCUAUUCAUUAAUUUAUGUACUAAACAAAUUAUUAUGUAACUUGAGCAGUCGGGUGAAUCAUUUACUGCAUACAUAAGUGUCCCACAAAGAUAUACCUAUUGUAAUAUGUCUGGAAAUAAUAAAGAUAAUCAAAUUCUGUAUUUUGUACUCACAGUGAUAAGGACUACAAGUAUUUUUAUUGUAUUUUUUAUGCUUUGAUGAAAAACUUAAAAAAUAACUUUAUUUUAUUAUUUUUACAUAAAUUGAAAAUAGUAAUUUUAUAGAGUUGAUUUUUUUGAAAAUUUUGAUGUGAUUUUUAAUAAUUUUUUAAAGUUCAGAGAAAAGUACUUAUAAUUAUUAUGCAGUAGGCUAUAAUUAUAUUCUCUAAUUAUUAUUAUGAUUAAUUGACUGUGCAAUUCUUUUCUCUGAACUUUAAAAAAUCACGAAUCUAAUGAAAAUAAAGUUGAUAAGUCAAAAUGCUGAAAAGAAUAAAAACGCAUCUUUUAAAUGGCUAUCUUCAAUUUUUUUCAAAAAUAAUAAAAUUAAAAUUUAUAUUUAAAAAUAAAAUAAAUGAAUGCGUUGCCUAGUAAAUAUAAAUUUUUUAUUUAUAUAUUUAUUUAUGAGUAUUAACUGUUAUAGUAAUUUUGUUUUUACUUUAUUAUAAAAAAUUAAUUGCAACAUAAAUAUUUGUAGUUCUUAUCCCAGUGAGUAAUAUAUAUAUAAAAAAAAACAACAGAAUAUGAUUAUCUUUACUAUCUCCGGAGAUAUUAAAAUGGGUAAAUCUUCGUGGGACACUGUAUAUAUAUAUACAUGUAUAAUUUUUAAUGUGUUACAUUUUAAUUAUAUGGAUAUUUGUGUACCUGCACGUAUCCUUGACGUUAAUUAGUCUGUUAAUUAAAAUUUCACAGUAUAUUAUUUUAUUAAUUUUUUCUAAACUAAAUUUGUUUUGUUUAAUUUUAGGUGAUGUGGAUAAUUAUAUACUCAGGGAUGCAUUUCGAUUAAAAGCAAAAGUAUUCUAAAAUAAAAUUGUUGUAUAAUAUUAUUUGUAAUAAUGAAUUAUAGAUAAUUUUCUGUACAAAAAUUGUUUUCUACAUAAUAUAUAUUUAUAUUUAAAUACAUGAAGACUAUGCUUUAACAAUAUGUUUAUUGCCUUUUGGCUUGAGUUUUCUAUUCAAUACAUGUUUUAUAUCUUGAUCACUUUUUCCAACUUUCUUUGCAUAACGUUCCUUUGCAAUGUCCAAACUUUCACUGAGUUCAACAAUCUUUUUCUAAAAUUUUUAUUAUUACAGCUUUAAUAUUUAAUAUAAUAAUAAUAUUUAUAUCUUUAAAUUUAUCACAUUUUGUAUAUAACUUACAGCAAAUUCUCUUUGUAGUAACAGCUUUCGUUUUUGUUUCAUACUAAAUGGAGUGGGACGGCCAUCUAAAAAGAUGUAAUCUGCACCAUCAGUUAGAACACCUUUAUCCAUUGGAUUAAGUGGCAAUUUUUUAC